AUGCAUGUGGACAUGACUGUUGAUGAGCUGCAUUAUAACUGUGAGAAUGGCUUCAAUGGAAUUGAUAGCAUGGCUAGCCACCCAGACACUUUAAUGGACUUGGACACUGUAAUAGAUCCACCAAACACAGGUGCUAUCUCUACUGCCUCCACUGAAGCUCAGGAUCCUCAAGAUGGCUCAAUCCAGCCAGUUUCAAGAACAACAUCAGCACCAAUCAAGGACAGUGAAAUUCAAAAUGAAUACCCACCAGCUUCACUCAGUAAAAUUCAAAAAGAGAGUCCACCAACCCUACCCUGUGAAAUUCAACAAGGAAUUGAUAGCAUGGCCAACUAUCCAGAUACUUCAAUGGACUUGAACACUGUAAUAGAUUCAUCAAAUCCAGAUGCUGUUCUCACUGCCUCUACUGAAGCCCAGGAUUCUCAAGAUGGCCUGAUCCAGAUCAGAGAUGACUGUAAAUGUGACUCCACACCUGUGCAUAUUGUGGUUGAGCAGCCAGUUUCAAGAACAACAUCAGCACCAAUCAAGAACAGUGAAAUUCAAAAUGAAUACCUGCCAGCUUUACCUAGUGAAAUUCAAAAAGAGGGCCCAUCAACCCUAUUCUGUAAAAUUUAA